AUGCGUUCGAAACGUCAGAACUUCCGUACUGCGUCUACGAUCAGUGUAGUUUUAAUGUUGUUUACACUGCACAGCUUAUCCGAGGGAAAGAUGUACGAAAAGUGCCCUCUUGCUAGAACGCUGGACAAGCAGAAGAUUUCUUCACGCUCACUCAUUUCCAAUUGGGUCUGCCUGGUAAUGGCCGAGAGUGGAGGUGACACUAGCAAAGUGACCACACUGGAUAAUGAGUCCGCUAGCUACGGUAUCUUCCAGAUUAACAGCAAAACCUGGUGUCGCGAAGGACGUAAAGGUGGUCGUUGCAAUAAGAAGUGUGAAGACUUCCUGAACGAUGAUCUUGCUGACGAUAUUGAGUGUGCCAAGCAGAUCUACAAUGACAGCGGUUUCGGUGCGUGGAAAGGAUGGGUCAACCGCUGCAAGCAGAAGACGCUACCUGAUUUGUCAUCCUGCUGGAAUUAG